AUGACCUCCACCGGCUGGCCACCCGCGCUCAAGGCGUUUGUCAACGAUGCCUUUUCACGAUGCACCGAUCAGAACAAGGCCAAAGUGGAAGCCGAGCUCAAAGCAGUCAUCCAUUCGGCGUUCUCAUCACAAAAGCUGUGGUCUACCGACUGGUCCUCUGUCCGCCUAGCCAGUCUGGACACGCCGCCGCCGCCGCCGUCGUCGUCUGAUGUGACGCCUUUGGUCGGUUCUGGUCUCAAACGGAAGAAGGAGAUCAAGAUGCCCAAAGGCAAACUGGCGAGCGCGACGCCCGACAUGCCAGAGGAUAUCGACCGGAGAGAGAAACGGUCGAGACGGUUCAAUAACGACCAGGCAAUACCUUCCAAUGUGGGAGCCUCUACUUCGACUCACUAUGCUCAUUCGAAUGGCUACAAUUCGCCAAUGGGAUCUCGUUCCAUCGAAGCAGACGCGAACGUGAUAGACUGGGACAGGGAGACCAUCGUGGGCACUUCUACCCAGCUCGAGAAACCUUACUUGCGUCUGACGACGGUUCCCAAUCCUGCGACGAUUCGACCGCUACCUGUCCUACGUCGAACGCUGGAAAUGCUAAAGACGAAAUGGCGCUCUGAACAGAAUUACAACUAUGUCUGCGAUCAGUUCAAGAGCUUGCGGCAAGAUCUCACAGUGCAACGAAUCAAGAAUGACUUUACAGUGACGGUAUAUGAAAUCCACGCUCGCAUAGCAUUAGAAAAGGGCGAUCUAGGCGAAUACAAUCAGUGUCAAUCACAGCUACGCGAGCUCUACAAGCAUGGUCUGGUAGGACAUCAGCUCGAAUUCGUCGCUUACCGCCUCCUCUACCUCCUCCACACUCGCAAUCGUAGCGAAUUGACGAGCGUGCUUGCGGAUCUGUCAGAGGUCGAACGAGCAGAUGAAGGCAUAAGGCAUGCUCUCCAAGUCAGAUCGGCUCUGGCUACGUCAAACUAUUGCUCCUUCUUCAAGCUCUACCUCGUGGCACCCAAGAUGGGAGGCUACAUGAUGGAUCACUUUGCACCUCGCGAACGCCUACAAGCCCUCCUCACAAUGACCAAAGCAUACAAGAGUGUUCCACUGACGUUUUUGGUUUCACAGCUUGCGUUCGAUACAGAAUCAGAAACGGUACAGUUCCUCAAUUCCCACCAAGCCGCUCACUUUUCUCCAGCUCCCACCGCGGCAAGCACAAACGGAAACGGUCAUCAGAAGAUCGAGAGGGCACUGGUCUGCAAGGACGCUUAUCCUGCUCUUCUGACCGCCAUGAGCAAGUUCACCAAGGUCGACAUCAAGGGACAGAUCUGA